AUGAAUGAGCAAGAGGAAGAUACAAAAUCAGUAAACUCACAAGCAUCAAACUUAUCCAAAGCUUCAGUUGCCACCGUAGCAUCUACAACAUCAAAAGCUUCAUCAUCAUCAUCAUCGCGACCUAAAAGAUAUUUAUGUACUUAUGAAAAUUGUGAUAAAGCUUACAAUAGACCAUCAUUAUUAGAUCAACAUCUUAGAUCACAUACUGGAGAUAGACCUUUUCCAUGUUCUUAUCCUGAAUGUACAAAAUCAUUUUUAAGAAAACACCAUUUGGAUGCUCAUUUGAUUUCUCAUUCAAGAGAUAAACCAUAUCAUUGUUCUGUUUGUGGUAAAGGAGUAAAUACACCUCAACAUUUAAAAAGACAUGAAAUAGUUCAUACAAAAUCUUUCAAAUGUACUUAUGAAAAUUGUAAUGAAUCUUUUUAUAAACAUCAAUCAUUAACACAUCAUAUUCAAUCAGUACAUGAAAAAACUUUAACUUGUUCAAUAUGUGGUAAGACUUUUGCAAGACCAUGGAAAUUUGCAAAUCAUAAACUCAAGUAUCACGGAGAAAGUCCUGCAUACCAAUGUGAUUCUAGUGGCUGUUUUAAAAAUUUUAAAACUUGGUCAGCAUUACAAUUUCAUUUAAAACAAGAACAUCCUAAAUUAAAAUGUGAUAUAUGUGGAAAAGGUUGUGUUGGGAAACAAGGUUUAAAAUCUCAUAUGUUAACUCAUGACGAUGCAAUCAAGAUUUGGAAAUGUAAUUAUUGUGAUUUGGGGAAAUUUAAUGAAAAAGAUAAAUUAAUUGAUCAUUAUAAUAAAUUUCAUGAUGGAAAUAUUCCUGAAGAAUUAUUGAAAAAUAAUAAAGUUGACCUUGAUGGUAAAAUCAGUUCAAUAAUCACAGAGGAAGGAUUAAAAGAAUCAACGUCAGGGGCUGUCUCAGCUAACAAACCAUCAAUUAAUACAAUCAAAAGUUUAGGUACCAUCUUAUCAACAGAAGAAGAAUCAUCAGAUACAUUUUUCAAUCAGGAUGUGAGAUCAGAUACAGCUCAAGCUUUAAAAUCCACAAAUUCAAUUUCUUCAACAAAUACUACAUCGAUGAACAACUCAACCAAAUCAAAAUCAUCAUCCAAAAACCAACAACAACAACAACAACAAGAAAUUAAACAGGAAAAACUAAUUGAUACAAUUUCUAAAAGUGUAGCAAAACAAAUACAUUGUCCAAAAUUAAGAUGUAAUAGAUUUUUUUAUAGAUUAUGUGAUUUACAUCGACAUUUAAGAUGGCAUGAUGAAAAUUUAAAAAGAAUUGAAAAUUUUUUAGAUGGAUUACAACAACAAGAGGAAGAAGAAGAAAUUGAAGGAACAAAAAAGAGGAAGAUUUUAGAAGAAAGAAAUGAUGAUGCUAUAAAUAAGAAAGUAAAAGUAGGUGUCAACGAAAUUAAUGAUAAUGAAGAUGAUGAUGACGAUGGUAAUGAAGAUGAUGAUGACGAUGAUCAUGAAUACGAUGAAUAUAAUGAUGAAGAUGCUGCAUUUGAUGAAAUUUUAAGUAAAGAAUUAAGUUCUAAUUUAGAAGCUGAAGAUUGA